AUGGCGGAACAUCAACUCUCCAAAACCUUCCCUGUAAAACCCAAGCUUAAACCUAAGCCCAGAACCCAGAAACAGACUCCGGAAUCCAAGUACUGGUCUUCCUUUAAGUCUCAACAAAUCCCAAACCUAAUCUCCUCCAUUACAUCCCUCACCUUCUCAAACACUCCCUCUCGCCCUUUCGCCGCUACCCACUCCGCCUCUCUCACCAUCUUCAGCUCUCAAACCUUCUCUACCACCACCACGAUUACCUCCUUCUCUGAUGUCGUCACGUCAGCCUCGUUUCGCUGCGAUGGUCUCCUCAUCGCCGCCUCUGAUCUUUCGGGUCUCGUCCAAGUCUUUGACAUCAAGGGGAGAACUCCGCUUCGUAAGCUUCGCUCACACUCUCGCCCAGUUCGAUUCGUUCAAUACCCAUUCGCCGAUAAGCUCCACCUUGUAUCGGGCGGUGACGACGCUCUCGUUAAGUACUGGGAUGUUGCCGGAGAAACCCCAAUUUCUGAAAUGCGAGGCCACAAGGACUACGUAAGGUGCGGCGAUUGCUCGCCUGUGAACUCGGAGAUGUUCGUCACAGGCUCAUACGACCACACCGUCAAACUUUGGGACGUGAGAGUAGCCGAUUCAAAAUCGGCGAUCAGUAUAAAUCACGGAUAUCCAGUGGAAGACGUUAUAUUCUUACCUUCCGGUGGGUUAGUGGCGACCGCAGGCGGAAAUUCCGUGAAGAUUUGGGAUAUAAUUGGAGGUGGGAAGAUGCUGUGUUCGAUGGAAAGUCACAACAAGACAGUGACUUCUCUUUCUGUGGGAAAAAUGGGUAAAGAUAGUGGAGAGGAGUCUCAGCAGUAUAGAAUCAUGAGUGUUGGUCUUGAUGGGUAUAUGAAGGUUUUUGAUUAUGCCAAGAUGAAGGUUACUCAUUCAAUGAGGUUUCCAGCCCCACUAAUGUCCGUGGCAUUUUCACCUGAUAGUUCAACGAGGGUUAUUGGAACAUCGAACGGGAUAAUCUACGCCGGGAAGAGAAAGACCAAGGAGGAGGCUGAAGAGAAGAAAGAUUUGGGUGGUUUCAUGGGUUUUGGAACGGUGGAAGAACCUGAGGUAAGGGCGUUGAAGUCUUCUUAUGUCAGAUACUUCCAUAGAGGGCAAGGAGAGAAGCCAGCAGAGGGAGAUUACUUGGUUAUGAGGCCAAAGAAAGUUAAGUUAGGAAAACAUGAUAAGCUAUUGAAGAAGUUCAGGCAUAAAGAAGCUUUGGUAUCUGUAUUGGGUGGUAAGCAUCCAGGUAAUGUUGUGGCAGUAAUGGAGGAAUUGGUGUCUAGAAAGAAGUUGUUAAAAUGUGUUAUGAAUUUGGAUACAGAUGAGCUUGGAUCUCUGUUGAUGUUUUUGCAUAAGUAUUCGACUGUACCAUCUUACUCAGCAUUGUUAAUGGGGUUGACUAAGAAGGUUCUUGAGCUGAGAGUUGAGGACAUUAAAGCCUCUGUGACUUUAAAGGGUCAUAUUAGAAACCUCAAACGUUCUGUGGAAGAGGAGAUUCGAAUACAACAUUCUUUGCUAGAAAUACAGGGUAUUAUUUCUCCUCUAUUAAGGCUUGCUGGAAGAAGAUGAAAAUUUUGAUUCCAUGGGUUGUUGCUCUUUUUUACUUGCUGCAUUCUUUUUCGGUCAGUUUUCUUUCACCCAUUUCACAAGGGAAUUUCAACAAUUUUGUUUAAUGGGUUUAACUCAUGCAAACUUUAUAUCUUCUUUGGUAAUUGUUCUCGUAUGGAUAGGGAUAUUGGCUUUUGGUUCUUUUACUUUUCUUAAUCCUGUUAACAACCGAGAAAUAUUAUACAUCUGUAUGUUUAGUUAAUUUAAUCCAUGAAUUGAAUAGUUACUACUAGAAUUUCUUUUGACAAGAAGACUUGUAAUUUGCGUUGUUCAUAAGCAAAAUAACGAGUGUAAUUUCAAUUCUAAUAAAUGAAGAAAAACUGUGUUAAA